GUAUCCCCUUCUCAUUUUCCUCGACCAACUGCCGUCACCUUCCCAUCUUCACCUCCAAGGUUCCGAAAGAUCAAUUCUUGGAUUUUUCGAUCACUUCGCACACAAUGUCAACCCUUCCCAUGGAUAGACACGCUCCCCAGCAGUCGGUGUACCCCCGUAGCCACGUCGGUUUCGACAGUAUCACAUCACAAAUUGAGCGCAAGCUGUUGAAGCGCGGUUUCCAGUUCAAUGUCAUCUGUGUUGGCCAAACUGGAUUGGGCAAAUCUACGUUGAUUAACACAAUCUUUGCGUCACACUUGAUCGAUUCGAAAGGAAGACUUUCACCUGAUGAGCCCGUACGAUCUACCACCGAAAUCCAAACCGUUUCGCAUAUCAUCGAGGAGAAUGGUGUUCGUCUGAGACUCAACAUUGUCGAUACCCCAGGUUACGGCGAUCAGGUUAACAACGAUAGAUGUUGGGAUCCAAUUGUCAAGUACAUUAAGGACCAGCACUCGGCAUACCUCCGAAAAGAACUCACCGCUCAACGUGAGAGAUAUAUUCAGGAUACCCGCAUUCACUGCUGCCUGUUCUUCAUCCAACCUUCAGGCCAUGCUUUGAAGCCAAUCGAUAUCGUGGUCUUGAAGAAGCUCUCAGAUGUCGUCAAUGUCGUACCAGUCAUUGCCAAGUCUGAUUCCUUGACUCUGGAGGAGCGAAGUGCUUUCAAGGAGCGCAUAAAGGAGGAGUUCACCUUCCACAACUUGAAGAUGUACCCAUACGACAACGAUGAGUUCGAUGAGGAGGAGCGUGCAUUGAAUGCUCAGAUCAAGAACAUUAUCCCAUUCGCCGUCGUUGGAUCCGAGAAGUCGAUCAUUGUAGGAGGCAAGCAAGUCCGCGGUCGUCAAAACAGAUGGGGUGUCAUCAACGUUGAGGACGAGAACCACUGCGAAUUCGUCUACCUCAGAAAUUUCCUCACCCGUACCCAUCUCCAAGAUUUGAUCGAAACCACUUCUCAAAUCCACUACGAGACUUUCCGUGCUAAGCAGUUGUUGGCCCUGAAGGAGAGCAGUGCUGCUGGACAUCCCAACAGCAGACCAAUCAGCCCUGCAGCAGAUCGAGAAUUGAGCAGAAGCUCUCAACGGGGCGGCAUGAACGGUUACUAGGCGGUGUAGGAACGUGGAGUCAGGGGACGCUGCGAUUUCGAGGAAGGUUGUUUAUGAUAGCAGGGCGAUAUCUGUGCAAAAGCGACUUUCGGAAUUUUCUCGAGCAGGCCGAGGAGAGCGUUAAUGGCCGCUUGAGGUGGGCUUUACUUUGUCUCUUCGACUUCUCCACAUAUUUCUCCUUUGCUUAAUUAGCCUUCUCUAACGAUGAGAAUUCAUUUCAAUAGUAGUAAAGUCACCAAGUCUCCUUUUGUGCUAUGGCGGUGGGUGGGAAUGUAGAUUUAGAGCAUCAAGCUUCGAACUCUAGAC